CCAAAUUUAUUGUUUGCAAUUAUAUUUCUAAAGACAAAAUUAUUUCUUAAAAAUGUUAGAUGAAAACAAUAGCACCCAAGAAAAUGAAUUAUUUACACGUGCAUAUGUGGAAUAUAACAAUGAAAAGUACGAUGAAUCCUUGAACACGCUUAGAGAGCUCGAAAACAUAAGCCCCAAACAUAAAACGAAAAUAAAACAUAACUGUGCUGUGAUCGCAUUUUCAAAAUCAAACUCAAUUAAUUUUCAAGAGUUAUUAAAAACAUUAAAUGAAUUAUACGAGGAAGAGAUUGAAAAUGCAAAGUUGAAUUCAUCCGGAGUUUGUUUCACUCCCAUAGCGAAUUAUAAUAAAGCAAUUAUAUAUUAUAAUCGUUCACUGCAUCGGACAGGUAUUAAGUAUUUAUUGCCUGUUGUGGAGAAGUUAGAAUCUUUUGAAGAAAACUUUGCUCUACUUGUUAGUACGUUAAUGUUAAGAUUGCUACUUGCUUCUCAACAACUUAAUAGAGCACAACAUUUCCUAGCCUUACUACAAAUCAAAUUUCCACGGAUCGCAGAUUCAUUACUACCAGAUGAAAAUUUUACUGAUAAACAAUUGUUAGAGGAUUUCAAACUUUUGGCAAUGCUCACAAACGUAUUGAACCGCAGGACAGUUGCUAUUCCGGAUGAUGGGUCAUUAGAAUUUUCAGCUUUGAAAGCACGACAAUACUACAUUAUGAAGGAUUUUCAAAUGGCUGCAAAACAAUUAAAAAUCAUCAACACUGAAAGCAAUGAGAAUAACACAGAUACUGAUAUUUUGAAGACGUGUAUUGCGAACAAUAUGGGCAUAAUACAUUUGCGAGUGAGACACUACGCCAUAGCAGCUAAGUUUUUUCAAAAUGCCAUUACUUUCGAUAAGCAAAUAGCUUCCAAUAUGAGGAAUAUACCACUUUAUGAUAUUAGUUCUGCCCGAUCUUGUGAAAUAUUAUAUAAUCUAGGUAUUUCCAUGCUGCAUCUACGACGGCCAAAAGAAGCAUUCCAGUGUUUUUUGGUGCCAUUGAAAUUUUAUCACAGUAAUCCAAGAUUUUGGACGCGUAUGGCAGAAGCAUGUAUCAUGGAACAUGAAAUGAAACUUCUACUUGAAGAUAAAAAACCGAUGGUCUCUUCGGUUGUUAAUAUUGGUUCGAGAAGAAAAUAUAUUUUAAAACCAACACCUCGCACAAUGUAUCCUCCAAGUACUCAGUGUGCCGUAUUACCAGAACCUACCAUGGAAUUCGCCAUACUUUGUUUACGCAAUGCUCUAACGUUAACAAAAUUUUAUAAGUCCAGUUUCAGUGAACAAAAUGAAGAGGGUGGCGGUACAGAAAAUCAAAACUGGAAAGAAGUCAUUGAUAAUAAUUUUUGUACACCAUCAGCACCUAUAUCAAAAGAUGCUUUGGACAGAAUGUUGUCAGCAAUUUAUACUGCUUACAGUUAUGUUUCAAUACGACUUGGUGAUUACGUUACUGCCUUGGAAAUGGCAAGGGAGUGCUCUAAGUCCGAAAAAUUAUCGGAUGCCCAUAAAAUGUUAGUGAAAUUAUACUCUGGGCAGGCACUGAUAAUGAUGGAUAAAAUUGGAGAAGCUCGCAGUUACUUGGAUCCACAAUUUGUCAAUGGGUUGAAUGCAUUUGAUUUUGAAACAAAAGAUUGGCAAGUUAAGUCAUUGGAAGCGGCACAAAAUGUUGUUCGUUACAAUUUGGCAGUUGCCUUCGCACUUCAAGGUGACUUCGAUGGUACCUCAAGACUACUAAACACUUGUACGCAUCCGGUAGUGAUCGCUAAAACGAUGGCACUUAAAAUUUAUGUAGAUAUUAAAACAGGAAAAUAUUGUAAAUUUGAAAAAAGUUCUUGAAAAAGAUACAUAAAUAUAAAUGUAAAUUUUUAGUUACGAUACUACAUGUUUGUUUUAAAAUCAUCCAUGUUAUAUGAGAUCUAAUUAAUGGACUUAAUUUCAACUAAUUUUUGCUUUCUUUACUCCUGUAAUUUUGAAUCAGACGUAUUUAUUUUCUCUGUUUAUACAUAUAAUUUGGACGCACUAUACUUGUAAAUU